AUGAGAAAACGGACAGUGAUGGUAUGUGGAGUGGCGAUAGUGUGUUUCGUAGUACUGAUGGUUGUGACUCCAGCCAUUCCUCAGUCUCAAGAAUAUCAUGAUUUUGCUGACAAACGCCAAUUCCUCGGUAUACCCAAUGCAUUAAAUGUGGUCUCGAAUUUCCCCUUCUUUGUUGUUGGUCUAGUAGGGCUCAUACUUUGCUAUCAUGGGAAUUAUUUUAAGCUCAGCUUACAAGGUGAGCUUUGGGGCUGGGCAUGUUUUUUUAUUGGUGUGGCUGCUGUUGGUUUUGGAUCCUCUUACUAUCAUCUAAAGCCUGAUGAUGCUCGUCUUGUGUGGGAUCGUUUGCCGAUGACUAUUGCUUUCACAUCUAUCAUCGCAAUCUUCAUCAUUGAAAGAGUCGACGAGCAAAAGGGAACUGUGUCCAUCAUUCCCCUGGUUUUGGCAGGGAUUAUAAGCAUAUUAUAUUGGAGGUUCUUUGAUGACCUCCGUCCAUAUGCGAUAGUUCAGUUUGUACCAUGCAUUGCCAUUCCAGUCAUGGCUAUAAUGUUGCCUCCAAUGUACACACAUUCUACAUACUGGCUUUGGGCUGCAGGAUUUUAUCUUCUAGCCAAGGUUGAAGAAGCUGCUGAUAAACCAAUUUACAAAUGGACUCAUAAUACUGUAAGUGGUCACACCCUUAAGCAUUUAUGUGCUGCGAUGGUCCCCAUCUUCUUGACACUAAUGCUUGCAAAGAGGAGUGUUGAAACAGAGAGGUAUAGUUUCAUUUUGUUUGCCCUUUUUACUUCAAUCCUUCUAUGGCACUCGACAUUUACAGUUUUGGUUCUUCAUUACACUGAUAUAGACACAGUGGAUGCCCGUUUAUAA